AUGCACUCUCAAGGUCUAGGAGGAACUGAGUUUUAUGAUGAUGGGAAACGAAAUAUGAAGAAGAAGCUUUAUAAUGACGUCAUUGACUCAUACGGCCCUCCGACCAUCCGCCCUGUCAAAAACGAUUCCACUGCUGUCAGCGUUCGUAUGAGAAUGUUACUAGAACACAUUGCUGACUUUGAUGAGCCAAAACAACAGGUGACGCUAUUCUGUUCGAUGACAUUGAUUUGGACAGACGACUUUCUUCGUUGGAAUGAGAGCGAUUAUGGAGGAGUGACGUCACUUCAAGUUAACGUUGAUCAGAUUUGGAAUCCUGAUCUAACGCUCCUGACAAGUAACAGCAAGGGGUUCUUGACAUUGAACCACCGUCUCGUCGAUGUGUUUUCCAGUGGCACGGUUAUACGGCUUUCUCCCGCCAUUAUUACCAUUUCAUGCCUCUUAGACGUCAAACUCUUUCCUUUCGACGUCCAGACCUGUUACUUUGUCUUCGGUCCCCGGUCCAGUCCGGCGAACGUCGAGGACGUGAACUACUUCUUUGAACGUAACGAGACCGCGAAAGACCGGUACUGCGACAACGGUGUGUGGGAGAUCCUGGACGACACUGCAGACAAGAAGCUAGCCAAUUACAGUACUGCCGACGAACCCUUUGUGGAGAUUCACUAUCGCAUCACGUUCAGGAGGAAAUCAAGGGUGUAUGUCAUCGGCAUCGUCAUCCCUUCCGUUCUACUCUCUAUAUCAACCAUGAUAACAUUUCUUCUGCCUCCAGAGUCUGGAGAGAAGAUCUCUUUUGGUAUCACCAAUCUCCUAGCGAUGGUCCUCUUCCAGGAAACUGUCCGAUCUGCCAUGCCACCAACUGGCUCUCCAAUGUUUGCCAAUUACAUAUGUACCAUGGUAGUCGUCGCAGGUGUGUCCCUGGUAACGGAGGCGCUUGUUUUGCGAAUGCACAGCUACGCCAACACAAGACUUAUUCCUAGAUGGAUGAUGUGUUUUUUGAGAAACGGUCACCGCCGAGACGUAAGAUCUGAUGAUAAUGGAGAACACUUACGACGCGUAUCUCAACCGUUCGUUCAUGCGGUAGGCAACCACGAUUGCCCAGAACAAAGUGAACUCACAGAGCUGAGGAGUCCCUCAAGGCUGUCCAGUAUCCCCCGGUCGGAAAAUGCCGAACCCUGGAAGCUGAUUGCGCUAUCCGUUGAACGCAAAGCUGCUUUAGUAACCCUUUGUUGUAUAAUAGGAAAUUUCGUGUUCACUUUUCUAAGUAUCUGCACAGAAAAUUACACGAAUGGUGAUGAUGACGAUGAUGAUCAUAAUUAGCUUGAGCAAUACCAUACUGUCUGUAUAAAUAGGUUAAUGCCUUAUUUCAAAAUGUUAGGCAUACGACCUAUCAUUAGUCCGUUAAUUUUAGUUAAUUAUCCCAUAAAUGCAAGUAAAUUUUUCUGUUCAUCACCACAAUUUUUACGCUCUUAUUGUUGUCCUCUUAAAAUUGUAUGCGUGAACCAAAAUCUUGUGUUAUAUGACAGUUUACAAUCAUUGCAUAUCCAUUUUUCAUUCCUUGCUCCUUGUGAAAACUUUUUUUUCCAAUAAUAUGAUAGCAGCCUACACUGUUAGAAAAUUUCUACUUGAAAAAACAAAAAUUCCUGUAGCAGAGUCGAGAACGCCUGUAAUCUUACUACACUGUGUAAUCUUACAUGCAUUUGUGUAAAAUUACAGAAAAUAGAUAUUUGGUGUAUGUAACCUUACAAAUUUAUUGUAAUAAAGCUGUUUUCCCCCUUUUUAAAACAGACCUGUUCUGUAAAAUUCUAUAAAAAUUGUAUAAAAUCUUUCCUGUUUUAACAAUUUACAUAAUGAUUUGGUUAGUUCUUUCUGUAAAAUCUUGUUUGUUUUUUUCAAACAGUGUAAUUCAUUCAAUUCAUUCAUUUUAUAAAAUAUUUAGCGUAAAUUCUUACCAAACUAUUGAAUUUCAUGAUCUUUUUUUAUUGGUAACAUGAUAUAUCAUGUCACUUUUGUUAUUUUGUUUGAUUUACCGCAUAUGUUAUGCUUCUUUCAUAUGUGUAUACUUUUAACUUUUUACUUGUUACUUUUCAUUGUAUAUGGACCCCAUGGAAGAACAGUAUAGUCAUGUUGACUAAACUGAAUAUGGGCUAUCCAUCCGUCUGAAUUUUUGUGUGUUUUUUAUACAGAAAAUAAAUACUAUACUACUACCAGGGCCGUAGCCAGAAGCAUUUUGUUUGGGGAUGUACCAGCUAAAUUUGCCAACUAAAUUUGGCGUGACAGCGCCAACGUGAGCACAGGGGGGGGUCUGAUGGGGGAUGUGCUCCCCUACAAUGAUCACAUGCUAACAGAUUUUGAUUUUUUAGAAUUGAAUUAGUGGCAUUUGGUGAAUACUUUAAGGUAAAUUAUACAAAGAUAUACAAAGAUAUUUGCACUGUAAAAUAAACAUUUUGGAUCAAAUUAGAAAGGCUAGUGUGCCGUAGUUGCUAACUUGCAGUAUAAUGAUAUACCCUAUGCAUUAAUAAUAUCAAAAUCAAAGAUUUUUUAAUUUUUAAUUGACCUUCUUUGCAAGAUGUCUCAACUAAAAUUUCAAGAGUGCUACUGCUAACAUGUAUCUCUUUCAGCCAUUAAACAUGUUACAGAAAUUAUUGAAGUUACCUUUAUCUUGUAUGUUAUUCUAUAUCA